CGUGGGUCGCGCGCUGUUAGCUAACAUGAUUUUAAGCUCGUGCUGGCUCUGUCCAGACAGUUAGCCUUAUCUCUUAAACCAUGCACUCCUCACAUCUCUGUAAGAUUAACGACAAACGCCAAUGUCACAGAUAGACCGACAAACAUUCCUCUCGUUAGCAUGUUUGUGCAGCUGCUUUUUGUUCAGCUAUUUUGUAACGACUCCGUUUUGAACGACUCAGACAGACUUUUUCAUGAUACAUGUGCCUUUGUGUCCAACAUGUCUGUGGAUUGGGUGGGAUAUGGAUAUGCCACCCUUGUUGCAUCUGGGGGAGUCAUUGGUUAUGUGAAAGCAGGUAGUGUACCUUCUCUGGCUGCUGGACUUCUCUUUGGAGGACUCGCAGGCUUUGGCGCCUACCAGAUCUCCAAUGAUCCUAAUAAUGUUUGGGUGUCCUUAGCUACAUCAGGAGCUCUGACUGCCCUCAUGGGAAAGAGGUUCUAUGGAUCGAGGAAGUUCAUGCCAGCCGGUUUAAUGGCUGGAGCCAGUCUUCUGAUGGUGGGGAAACUUAGUUUGGCGUUGCUUCAGAAACCUGCAGAGUCCUCAUGAGUAAACACAUUACAGAAAUAGAAGAACCAUUUAUCAUGUAUGUUUUCUGUCAAAAAAUGUUUUAGUUACAAAACACAGUCUUUAUCCAUUGAGUGGUUGUGUUUUUUAAAUAAAUAAAUAAAUACACAAUUAA